GUGGCAAUCACACGUUGAUUUUUCUCAACUAAUCAUAAAGAUAUUGGUACCCUAUAUCUAGUAUUUGGUGCCUGAGCAGGAAUAGUCGGAACUGCUCUAAGCCUACUUAUUCGUGCUGAACUCAGUCAGCCUGGCUCUCUACUAGGGGAUGACCAGAUUUAUAAUGUAAUCGUUACUGCACACGCCUUUGUAAUAAUCUUUUUCAUGGUUAUACCAAUCAUAAUUGGAGGCUUUGGAAACUGAUUAGUACCUUUAAUGAUUGGGGCACCUGAUAUAGCCUUCCCCCGAAUAAACAAUAUGAGCUUCUGGCUCCUUCCUCCAUCAUUUCUUUUACUCCUGGCAUCAUCAGGGGUUGAGGCUGGGGCCGGAACAGGUUGAACCGUAUAUCCCCCUUUAGCUGGUAACCUAGCCCAUGCAGGACCAUCAGUAGAUUUCACCAUCUUCUCACUUCACUUAGCUGGGAUUUCAUCAAUUUUAGGAGCAAUUAACUUUAUUACAACUAUCAUUAACAUGAAACCCCCUGCAAUUUCACAAUACCAGACCCCUUUAUUUGUCUGAGCUGUAAUAAUUACUGCAGUUUUACUCUUACUCUCUCUUCCUGUCUUAGCUGCUGGGAUCACAAUAUUACUAACGGAUCGUAACCUCAACACUACCUUCUUUGAUCCUGCAGGUGGUGGGGAUCCUAUCCUUUACCAGCACUUAUUCUGGUUUUUUGGACACCCCGAAGUAUACAUUUUAAUUUUACCCGGCUUCGGAAUAAUUUCACAUAUUGUGGCUUACUACUCAGGUAAAAAAGAACCCUUUGGAUAUAUAGGAAUGGUUUGAGCUAUAAUAGCGAUUGGUCUAUUAGGAUUUAUUGUUUGAGCCCAUCAUAUAUUUACUGUCGGUAUAGAUGUUGAUACUCGGGCAUACUUUACAUCAGCAACAAUAAUUAUUGCAAUUCCUACUGGGGUUAAAGUAUUCAGCUGAUUAGCCACCCUUCACGGGGGCUCAAUUAAAUGGGAAACUCCUCUAUUGUGAGCACUUGGCUUUAUCUUCUUAUUUACUGUGGGGGGUUUAACAGGAAUUGUUCUGGCCAACUCAUCACUAGAUAUUAUACUUCAUGAUACUUACUACGUAGUAGCUCAUUUCCACUAUGUCCUAUCUAUGGGGGCCGUAUUCGCCAUUAUCGGAGCAUUCGUCCACUGAUUCCCUCUAUUCUCAGGAUAUACCCUUCAUGAUACAUGAACUAAAAUUCACUUCGGAGUAAUAUUUAUCGGAGUAAAUCUGACUUUUUUCCCUCAACACUUCCUAGGAUUAGCAGGAAUGCCUCGACGAUACUCGGAUUACCCAGAUGCAUACACUUUAUGAAACACAAUCUCAUCCUUAGGUUCCCUAAUUUCUUUAGUAGCUGUAAUUAUAUUCCUAUUUAUUAUUUGAGAAGCCUUCGCAGCCAAACGGGAGGUGCUCUCCGUUGAACUAACAGCAACUAACGUUGAAUGAUUACACGGUUGCCCUCCCCCCUACCACACAUUUGAAGAGCCUGCAUUCGUUCAAAUUCAACAGCACUCAUAUUAA